UCAGAAGUAGGGUUUCCGCGGGCCGGGGCCCCCCCUGCAGAGGCCGGGCCGGCCCGCGGCGCGCUGGGCUCCGGAGCAUCCCCCCUCCGCGCAUUCUUAGGUGGUGCGGCCCGAGGGCCCGGCGUCUUUCCCCCAGUUUGCAGUUCACCCGGAGCGCUCGGGACUUGCCCACCGCGGUGACGGCGGCAACAUGUCUGUGGCGUUCGCGGCCCCGAGACAGCGAGGCAAAGGGGAGAUCACGCCUGCUGCGAUUCAGAAGAUGUUGGAUGAAAAUAACCAUCUAAUUCAGUGUAUAAUGGAGUAUCAGAGUAAAGGAAAGACUUCAGAGUGUUCUCAGUAUCAGCAGAUAUUGCAUACAAACUUGGUGUACCUUGCUACAAUAGCAGACUCUAAUCAAAAUAUGCAAACUCUUUUACCGGCUCCACCCACACAGAAUAUGCCUAUGGGUCCUGGAGUGAUGAAUCAGAGCGGGCCCCCCCCACCUCCGCGCACUCACAACAUGCCUUCAGAUGGAAUGGUAGGCGGGGGUCCUCCUGCACCACACAUGCAGAACCAGAUGAACGGCCAGAUGCCUGGACCUAACCAUAUGCCUAUGCAAGGACCUGGACCCAAUCAACUCAAUAUGACAAACAGUUCCAUGAAUAUGCCUUCAAGUAGCCAUGGAUCCAUGGGUGGUUACAACCAUUCCGUGCCAUCCUCACAGAGUGUGCCAGUACAGAAUCAAAUGACAAUGAGUCAGGGGCAGCCCAUGGGAAACUAUGGCCCUCGACCUAAUAUGAACAUGCAGCCAAACCAAGGUCCAAUGAUGCAUCAGCAGCCACCUUCUCAGCAGUACAAUAUGCCACAGGGCGGCGGGCAGCACUACCAAGGACAGCAGCCCCCGAUGGGAAUGAUGGGUCAAGUUAACCAAGGCAAUCAUAUGAUGGGUCAGAGACAGAUUCCUCCCUACAGACCACCGCAGCAGGGCCCACCACAGCAGUACUCAGGCCAGGAAGACUAUUAUGGGGACCAAUACAGUCAUGGUGGACAAGGUCCUCCGGAAGGCAUGAACCAGCAAUAUUACCCUGAUGGUCAUAAUGAUUACGGUUAUCAGCAACCGUCGUAUCCUGAACAAGGCUACGAUAGGCCUUAUGAGGAUUCCUCACAACAUUACUACGAAGGAGGAAAUGCACAGUAUGGCCAACAGCAAGAUGCUUACCAAGGACCGCCGCCUCAGCAAGGCUAUCCUCCCCAGCAGCAGCAAUACCCAGGACAGCAGGGCUAUCCCGGGCAGCAGCAGGGCUAUGGUCCUUCACAGGGUGGUCCAGGUCCUCAGUAUCCUAAUUAUCCACAGGGACAAGGUCAGCAGUAUGGAGGAUAUAGACCAACACAGCCUGGACCACCCCAGGCCCCCCAGCAGAGGCCUUAUGGGUAUGACCAGGGACAGUAUGGAAAUUACCAACAGUGAAAGAGUCCUCACAUUCCAACAGCCAGUACUUACUAGCAGCCAUAUUGUCACCUCAGCACUGUGGCCGCCUCCCUGUGAAGAGAUCCUUCCAUUCCAUCUAGUUUUUUGGAAAAAUCAUGUGGAUAAGUGGCUCUUUCAUCUUCAAGCAGCCUUUGUGGUUUAGUUGUAAAAGGCUUUAGUAGCUCAAAAAUACUCUUGAUUUCACAUUUCUACUCUAGAUGGCAACAUUGGACAGAAAAUGCAAUGACAUAACCAAUUUGCAGUGAUUUUGGAACUGUGUUUCAGAUGGACUGUUACCUACCGACUGAAAGGUGUGAACAGCUUUGUAUGUUUAUGAAGGUUAAGGGAAUUUAAUACUUUUCCACAGAUUCUUUUGUAAGGGGGAGAGGGGAAUGUACACUUUUUACAGCAGCAAUAUUUUGUAUAUUAUGUUUAUUUCAUGUGAAUAUGCAAGGCGGUACACUACGCACUGGACAGAAUCGGAAACCCUCUUACUAAUGUGGACUGACAUGUGGUAGAUGUCUGAUUGUUUUGGUCUCAAGGUGGUGUACUAUGAAGGUAAAGGUGAGGGAGAAGACAACAGCACACCAUAUGUCCACUGUCAUGGUCUUAGAGAGGAAACGUAAAUCCCUUUUAUCUGUCAGAUAACGAAGGGCACUGUGAUAACUGUUUUGAGUAAAAAGACUUUUUUUUUAAAAGCCUUCCAGUUUUGUGGAUUAAAACUUUUUUAUAAAGAUCAUUUAUAAUACUGUUUUAAAAUGUAAGGCAAUAAGAAUUACUUUUUGUUGGAUUUGAAGAAUCUUUAGUAACAGUUUCAUGUAAACCGAGUGGUAAUCCUUUCCUAAAAUAGCAAUAACUGAAAACGAAGUGUUCAUUUUAUCUAGUUUGAGUAAUCAGAAGACUUAGUAAAUAAUACCAAAAAACAUUUUGUAAAUAAUAUUAAAGAAGAGUCAACAUGGAUCCAGUAAUUUUAUUUUUUAACAUCAGAAGGAUAAUUGGUUUAUAUAAUAAGAUAGUAAUUCAGGAGACUUUACAAACCUUUAUUUCAGCUUUCUUAACUGGAAAUAAUGCCGUUACAAAGGGACACUCAUAUUUUUUUCCUUUUUUUAUGUUGGUUAAUAUAACCCAAAGAAAUGGUUAGUAUAAUGCUUAUUGAUGAGGAUUAUUCUGAUCUAUAUUAAAAGCGUAGAAGCUGCGUUUUAGAUUUGUUUAUAAGCAUGAUAUAUUUAAUCAUUAUUUGAGACUGUCCUGUGCCUGAUUAUUUAGUUAAAUUCAGGGAUAAUGCAUUGGGCAGGAAAGCAUGCAUUCAGAAAUUUCUUACCAUAGUUAUUUAAGCAUAAUCUGAAAACAUCUAGCCCAAAGGUAAGUUACUAUUUCCAUCACAGUUGCCUGUGCCCAGGGAAUAAGAUGUAUUCUUUGUAAUUGAAUUGGUUUUUCCCACUUCUAACUGGAAACAAAACAGAAGGGAUGCCAUAAAUUUGAACAAGCGGAACAUUGUGUUCUCUUCAUACUGUAAUCAAAAGUGGGAAUUUCAGUUGUCUUUGUGUGUGUAUGAGAGAGAGAAUGUGUGUGUCCUAAGGUCAAAAUAGGGUCUUUUUCAACUUGUCCAGUAGAAAAUGGACAUCAAGUUUGAACAGAUAAAGCAAGGACAGCCUUAUUGUGAUUGAAAUGCUGAGAGAUUCUGUGCCAAUUUUCCACCACUGUGUACUUUGUUGCUAUUUAAAACUGUAUCAACUCUAACGAAGAAUAAAUUAUUUGUGAUUUUAA